AUGGUAGAUAUGCUGGAAGCACGGCUCGAACAAGCCAACAUUUUGAAGAAAGUUGUCGAUGCCAUCAAAGACCUAGUCCAGGACUGCAAUUUUGACUGCAAUGACUCAGGCAUCGCGCUCCAGGCCAUGGAUAACUCCCAUGUCGCCCUGGUUUCAAUGCUGCUCAAAGCAGAAAGCUUCGUCCCUUACCGAUGUGAUCGCAACAUCGCCCUCGGUGUCAACUUGACCUCCCUUACCAAGGUGCUUCGCGCUGCUCAGAACGAUGACAUUGUCACGCUCAAGGCCGAGGAUGCUCCUGAUGUCCUGAAUCUUUUGUUUGAGAGCAGCGAGAACGAUAGGGUCAGCGAGUACGAUCUGAAACUUAUGGAUAUCGACCAGGAGCAUCUAGGAAUUCCGCAGACUGAGUAUGCGGCCACCAUUUCUAUGCCAUCCGCAGAGUUUCGACGAAUCUGUACCGAUUUAAUCGCCAUGUCUGAGUCAGUCAACAUCGAGGCCAACAAAGACGGCGUCAAGUUCGCCUGCAACGGCGACAUUGGCAAUGGCUCUGUCACGUUGCGUAGCCACACCAAUGUCGAGAAGCCUGAGCUCAACAUAGACAUUGAGCUUGCGGAACCCGUCUCAUUGACUUUCUCGCUCAAGUACCUCGUCAAUUUCUGCAAGGCCGCGGCCUUGUCGUCCCAGGUGAAGAUUUGCCUGUCAAGCGAGGUCCCCUUGCUGGUCGAGUACAUCGUCUCUGGAAGCAGUUACUUGCGCUACUACCUGGCACCCAAGAUUGGUGACGAGGACUAA